GACGAUGUCAAAUUGGUGUUACUUACUAAGCCGGUCAGCAUUGAGACUGAGAUGUCACAAUAUCCGACCGCCGGUGAAAUUUUCUCCCGACAGACAAAGUGUAUAUUCUGCCGUGAAUAAAAACUACGGUAGAGAAAUAUUUACUACCGCUUUUAAGAGAAACUCUGAAAUUCAGAAGUCACCGUACGCUACGAGGAACAACUUGCGAAUCGAUCAAGACAAUGUUGUCAGUAGUCCGUUUCCAGACGUCAACAUUCCCCGAGAAUUUUUACAUGAAUAUAUUUGGAAGAACUUGGAACGAUGGCCAAGUAAAACAGCAGUGGUUUGCUCAACAACCGGUAAAUCCUAUACAUAUUCCGAACUGCGUACCUUAAGUGGAAAAUUUGCAGCAUCUCUGAGAAAAUGCAAAUUCUAUCCUAACAGUACCAUCGCCGUUGUUUUGCCAAAUGUAGUGGAAUACGCAAUAAUUGUGUUGGGAGCAUCUGAAGCUGGAAUUAGCAUCACAAUGAUGAAUCCGAUAUCCACGGCAAAGGAAAUCAGUCGACAGUUACAAACUUCUGAAGCUUUUGGUGUAAUUACUAGUUCGGAACAAUAUCCAGUUGUCAAAGCGAGCCUUGCCGGGUGUUCAAAUAUUAAAUUGCCUGCAAUCAUAGUGGAUGAACCAAAUCACCCGUUACCGGAGGGAUGUAUCAGAUUCAGUGAAUUGAUAUCAGACUCCGUUGAAGUAUUCAGUGAAUCCGCAAUUCCGGGAAAAACCAAUGAAGAUGUUUUAUUCUUACCAUACUCGAGUGGAACAACGGGUUUGCCGAAAGGCGUGGAAAUCAGUCACCGGAAUAUCACUGUGAACUGUGAGCAGUUGCAAGUUAAAGGAGUAUAUCCUGGACAUGAAACCACCGAAACUCAUCAAGAAGUGGUUCCUCUGAUUUUACCAGCAUUUCAUAUUUAUGGAUUAGUUGUGGUAAUACUUAAUUACUUGAGCGUGGGAGCUAAAAUCGUUUUCGUACGUAAAUUCAACCCAGAAAAUUUUCUGAACUCUCUGAAAGACUUCAAAUCGACCAUGUUAUACGCGGCGCCUCCAAUGAUACUGUUUUUGGGAAGCAGCGAGUUGGUCACCGACAAUCAUUUGAAGACUCUUAAAUUCAUCAUGUCAGGGGCUGCACCGAUUGGUGCGGAGAGUGUACAGAAAGUACUGAGGAAAGCCAAACGUGAAAUACCGAUAUCACAAGGGUAUGGUCUUACCGAAGCUUCUCCUGUUGUCACGGGUACCGACAACGGAAUAGACAACUUGGAUGCAGUUGGAUAUGUUAUUUCCAAUACGAGCUUACGAAUUGUUAAUUUAGAAGAAUCGAGAGCCGGACAAAAUAUGGGAGUUAACGAAACAGGAGAACUGUACGUCAAAGGUCCCCAAGUAAUGAAAGGGUAUUACAAGAAUCCUGAGGCUACAGCGAAUACUUUGGAUGGAGAAUGGCUCAAAACUGGCGACAUAGCGUGCUUCGAUGAAACGGGUCGUGUAAUGAUCAAAGAUCGAAUAAAGGAGUUGAUAAAAGUCAAAGGUUUUCAAGUGGCACCUGCUGAGCUGGAAGAGCUACUGCGAACUAAUGAUGAAAUAUUAGACGCGGCUGUAGUCGGAGAACCUCAUCCGAAAUAUGGAGAGAUGCCAAAAGCCUUCGUAGUUUGUAAACCCGGAGUAAAAUCUGAUGGAGAUAAAAUUAAAAAAUUCAUUGCUGAACGGGUUCCUAGCUAUAAACAAUUGGGUUCAGUCAAGUUCAUUGAUGUAAUUCCGAAGAGCACAGCCGGUAAAAUACUUAGGCGGCAGCUUAAAGACAUGUAAACGGGUACAUGUAACUUGUAAGAUAAUUCAUGAAAUUGAUCGGACAAAGUGUUUUUCCAAGAUUUAUAAGAAACAGCUGUUUCUCGCACAUUUUAUAAUAUGAAGUUGUAGUGUGAGAAAUUUACGUCUUUAAAAUUAAAUUUAUUUUAAUUUUGAUACUUAAGAGUGUCUUUUGUACGCAAGAUGAAACUAAACGAAAAAAACCGUUUCUUCGGGAUACUUUUCAUCGAAAAAGACAAAGUAUAGGUUUACCAGCAGAAAAAAAAUGAUAAAGUAUAAAAGACAUAAAUAUUUUUUUAUGAAGAAUAAUAAAUUUAUAAUUUUCUUUUGCAAUAAAUAAAUAAACUCCAUUAAACAAAACCGUUCCUUUAGAAAAAGUAAUAAAGAGGUAAAAGUAUAGGUUUGUCGGUAAAGUAUUGCAAAUCGAUUCAUUACCGCUAGAACCGGAAUUUCGAAUUAAACGGGGGAUGGCAAUAUUUCAUGCUCAUCGUGUAAUUGUAAAAUCUUGUAAGUUUCAGAUUUUUUCAUCCAGCCGGUUUCGAGAUCAUCGCGAGAGUUUGUCGGACAGGCAGACAGACCGACAUGUCUUUAAAAACCUGUUUUCAGGUUCUAGAAAUUCGAAAACGUAAAGAUUCGUUGAAAUUAGAAAGAGUGAUUUUCGACCAAGACCGAUACUUUUCUUAUGUCACCAAAGGAGUGGAAAAGUAAAAGUUGUCUGCUUCGGUAAUCUUGUUUAAAAUUGUACAUUGCUGGGAAUUUGCUGAGUUUGUUUUUUAUGUAUCUAAAUUUAUUUAACCACUCGAAGAAUACAUAAAACGUAUGACGACAUGCUCUUGCUUACUAACGAAUUGUAAGGUAUUGUACAGAGUAUUGUACAGGUUUAAGGGUAUAGCUCACCCACGAGCUAUAAUUUCAAAUUGCACGAAGCCAAUAAUUAUACUGGUAUACAAUUACGUUCGGAAUACAACCGCCUACUGUCAAGCAGUUGCGUGUCGAACAAGAUACUUCCUAUUUUUCGAGCCAACCGUUAAUUAGUGAUUUAAAAUUCGAAAAGGUUCGGACCAGCCAAUCAUACUCGUUUCAUUGUACAGGCGUAUGAAUGAUUCUAGUGACCUAGAACUAUUACGAUUGUUUGGUUGUAAAGAUUAUAUUGAAGGUAACAUUAUACUCAAUUGCUUUGGUUAUCUUAUUAUUUAGUGUGGCGUGUCGGGAAAAACCCUCCACGUGGGUACAAAUUCGUACCCCGAGCUCAUAGAUUACACUAAAUUUCAAUUAGAAAAAAGUUGUGUGUAUGAAUUAAGUACGAUAAUUUCCGUCAAUGGGAAUGCGAAAAAUGACGAAUCUAUCAUUUUUGGCUCGAAACACGUACUCGAGAGUAAUCUCUGUUACUGCUUAGGGACUCUCGAUUCCAACAAUGUAUCUUCACAUCACACGGAUUACUAAUAAGCUGGUCUGUAAACGCACAUAGAAUUCGCACCUUUGGUACUCGCUCAGAAAAGCUACGCAGAAACUGUCCGUACCAAAAUAGAUUUACACGUUACGCUAUACGUAAUUACCUAGUGCAAAGUACAAGGUAACAUCUAACUAGGCCUUCUCUGCUAGGUACGUACAAACGAUGGUGAAAUAGCGAAUUGGAAAUUAAAAACAUGAAAUAACAAAACUUUCAAACAACUCAAAGUUACUAUUCUGCCUCGCUUCCGCGCUUCAUGUCGGUCUCUUUGUUCUCUCUCGCCCAUCAAUCAUCUCUAAUAACUGUUGUCUUUUAGCUUUCCUGACAAUCACGUCGCUCAUUUUGCAUGGUCAUUAAGACGUUCGAAACUGGUCAUGGAAAGUAAGUAGGUGGUGAUGGUUGUAACUCAAACUUAAAUCGUUUAUAAUUGAUGCUUAAUGUUUAAUUAUGUAUAACUAUAGAUGAUAUAAUAGUUAUUAGGUUUUAUUGUUGAUGUUUUCUGUAUUUUUUUUUUUUUUGUAUUUUUAUUGAAUGUUGCGAAUAUAUACAAAGGGAACUAAUAAUAACUAUUACAUGAUACAACUAAAUAAACAAAAUUAGUUAUAAGAAUUGUAACGUAUGUUAAUAUUAAUUUUAAUAAUAUAAUUUCAUAACCGAAACUCAGGUGCGCUGACGUUAAUUUAUUUGAAUUAACAUUUCACACGUUUAAAUGUAAUUUUAAUUACAAAUCACACAUCACGUCUGAAACCUUGCAACAUAUCCAUACAAUCGCAAUUUCAGUUGGUUACUAAUCAAAAUCCCGAUUGAAAUCUCCGGGGUAGGUGUCUAACAUGUAAUUGCAAGUCCAUAUGUUUACAGGAUUAUAGAGAUGUGAUCGGAUCGCUCUUUGAAAUUCGUAGUUCAAAAUUUUUGGGAGUCGUAAACACGUGCAGUACAAAAUAUACAUAGAGAAAUUCAUAAUUUCGACUCAUUUUUUUUAUAUUAUUCAAAAUUGCCGAUCGCGACAAACUGAACAUGAAAUAGGUAGCACCUAUUUACAAAAACAGUAAUCUUUUGCACGGUAUUUUUUAUCCUGUCAUUAAUGGGAAAAUAUGCCGAUUCUUACAGUCAGUCAAGUCCGUUUGUAUUACGUGAAAUCCUUUCCAGUGGUAUUUACUGUAAUAUUGGAUCAAUUUGAGUACUUUAUUGAAAAUAUUGGCUGAUCAUUAUCUUUGCCAUCGUCAACUUACUUUCUUUAGA